AUGACAUCCGGGCAGUAUCACCCAGUGGAGCUAGAAGAGAAGUGGGCGCAGGUAUGGGAGGCUGCGAAGCCGGGUAAGGGUGACGAGAGGUCUGUGAAGGAGAAGUUCUCUAUGGUGAUGCCGCCUCCGAACGUGACCGGUACUUUACAUUUGGGUCAUACGAUGAUGGCGGCGAUUGAGGACACGAUUGUGCGUUACCAGAAGAUGCGGGGUCGGGAAGUAUGUUGGGUGCCUGGACUGGACCAUGCGGGUAUUGCGACGCAGUCGGUUGUGGAGCGUCAGUUGUUGAAGACGGGUGUGUCUCGACAUGACCUGGGUCGUGAGGAAUUUGUGGGGAAAGUGUGGGAGUGGAAGGAGGAGAAGGGGGGUCGUAUUUUGUACCAAUUGAGGAGAUUAGGUUGUUCCUGUGAUUGGGAUCGUGAAGCCUUUACAUUUUCGAAGCCGAUGACUGAGGCGGUAACGGAGGCGUUUGUGCGUUUGCAUGAGAAGGGAUUGGUUUACCGGGAUGUGCGGCUUGUGUCUUGGUGUCCUUAUUUGAACACGGCUUUGAGUGACAUCGAAGUGGAAACGGAUGAAUUUGAUAAACCAGACCGUGUGCGCGUGCCGGGCUACGACAAGACUGUGGAAGUUGGCUGUUUAUGGCAGUUCAAGUACCAAUUGAAGGAUGACCCUACAAGAUUCAUAGAAGUGGCUACAUCCCGACCGGAAACGAUGCUUGGUGAUGUGGCCGUGGCAGUCAAUCCGAAUGACGUCCGGUACAAAGAUUUGGUCGGCAAAGAGCUUAUACACCCGUUCAUUCAGGACCGCCGAUUAGUCGUGGUGGCUGACGAACACUGCGACCCAGAGUUCGGUACGGGUGCUGUAAAAAUUACACCUGCUCACGACAAGAAUGACUUUGAGGUUGGUAAGAGACACAACUUGGAGAACAUCACCGUUUUCACACUCGACGGCCGGAUCAAUGAAGAGGGUGGUGACUUCGCGGGGAUGCACCGAUUUGAAGCGCGUGUGGCCAUUGAGAAGAGACUGAUGGAGCUUGGUUUGUUUGUUGAGAAAAUCAAGAACCCUAAGAAGAUGGCUAUUCCCCGAUGUUCGAGAUCUGGUGAUAUUAUUGAGUACAUGCUCCUACCACAAUGGUACAUUAAUUGCGAAGGUAUGGCCAAACGUGCCGCUGAUGCAUGUAGGACGGGCGAAUUGCGUAUUUUACCGGACGGUAGUGAGAAACAAUGGUACCAUUGGUUAGAUAACACCCAUGAUUGGUGUGUGUCUCGUCAACUCUGGUGGGGUCAUCGUAUUCCGGCGUAUCGUGUUGUCUGUGAAGGUUUGUCGCAAGAUCACUGGAUCGUAGCACGUUCUGCAGAGGCCGCCCGGGAACAGGCGGAACAGUAUUUAAAGAGGGUCUCGGAAAGAACUGACCUGAAAUUCACAUUGGAACAGGACCAGGAUGUGUUGGAUACAUGGUUCUCCUCAGGCUUGUUCCCCUUCUCGGUCUACGGCUGGCCUAAUGACACGACAUCCUUAUCCAAGUUCUUCCCAACCGACUUGCUCGAGACUGGCAGCGACAUUCUGUUCUUCUGGGUAGCCAGAAUGGUGAUGCUGAGUCUAGAGUUAAUGAAUCAACUCCCCUUCUCCACUGUGUUCCUACAUCCAAUGGUUCGGGAUUCACAUGGGAAGAAAAUGAGUAAGUCCACCGGUAACGUGGUUGAUCCCGUGGACGUAAUUCAUGGUAUUACCCUCAAGAAAAUGGCUGAGGGAGUUAAAGAUUCUAAUUUAAAGGAUUCUGAGAUAAAAAGAGCACUUGACGCUCUAAGCAAAGACUUCCCCAACGGUAUCGAAGAAUGUGGUGCAGACGCAUUGCGGUAUGGUAUGCUCUCAUAUCUUAAAGGUGGCCGUUCUGUGAACCUUGAUAUAAACCGAAUUGUAGGGUAUCGUCAUUUCUGUAAUAAGGUAUGGAAUGCGACUAAAUUUGCAAUGUCUUAUCUUGACGGGAUCCCAGAAGAGGAAUUAUUGAGUAAUCGAGAGUCAACUAACUUUGCCGAUAAGUGGAUAUUGCAUCGAUGCAAUGUCAUGAUACGGAACACUACAGAGGCAUAUGAAUCCUAUUCAUUCUUUGAUGCUGUUAAUGAAACAUACUCUUUCUUCUUGUACGACUUUUGUGAUGUCUAUCUGGAGCUGGUUAAGCCACGUUUCCAGCAACAACAAUUGGACAAAGAAGAUGCCGCCAGAACCCUCUUCCAUUGCUUGGAUAACGUCCUCAAAAUGCUGCAUCCUAUGAUGCCGUUUAUCACCGAAGAGAGCUGGAACCAGCUUCAUAACCGUCUACAUGACAACAUGUCCAAGGACAACAUGUCUAACGACAACAUGUCCAACGACAACAUGUCUAACGACAACAUGUCCAAGGACCAGGUUGUGGACCUUCUUAUCAACCAGCCACUACCUUUAAGCCAUAACAAGUAUAACUCUACCGAGAGCGAAAGGCAGAUGAAUUACUUCCUUAACACUGUGAAAGCUUUCCGAAGUAUGUUGGCCCAGUUUGAAGUGCCUCCCAAGAACAAAUUGGAAGCAUUCGUGAAGCUCGGCGAGGAGACCAGGUUCAUGGCAAAUCGACUGGACGCCGUCACAUCGUUAGCGAAGCUGGCAAGCUGUACCGUGGUCGAGACAAUGUCAGACAGCCACGUAUCUGACGUCACAGUAGACGGAAUAGUAGUAGCUUUAAAUCCAGCGGGUUCAAUUGAUUUCAAGAAAGUAUUGGUAAAACUCAACAAACGACGAGGACAAUUAGAGAAAUUGCUGGAAGGUAUUUGUAAGAAAAUGACCAUGCCUGAUUACCAAACAAAGGUUCCCCAUGAAGUACAAGAACAGAACAAACAAAAGCUAGAGGCACACGAAACUGAAAAGAACGAACUGGAUGUCGCCAUUAGUAUUGCUUCCAAGUUUGUGUAA